CACAUUGUCCAUGUGGCAUGUGGCGAGUCCCACAGUCUGGCCCUCAGUGACCGGGGCCAGCUGUUUUCUUGGGGUGCAGGGAGUGAUGGUCAACUAGGACUCAUGACUACUGAGGAUUCGGUGGCCGUGCCCAGAUUUUUGUCUCUUUAAUCAAAAGCUGUUUUAAGGAAAAGAGGAACAUGGAGGUAAGAGUGAUUUGUUUCACUUCCUGGUUUAGAACAGGUAAUGUCUUGGAUUCAUUUCUUCCAAAAAUUAACUUAAUUUUGGGGGAAGAGGGAGAGUGGGCACUAAGAAAAGAGGGGUGCUAUAUCUCAACGGUAUUGUGCAUAAUAUUAGGGAAAAGAGUUAGAACAUUAAUGAUGAAAGGCUUUCAUUUGUUGAUGACCAAAGACUGCAAUAAAGAUUUUUAGUGGCAUUUCAUUUAGUCAAUGUCAUAGUAGCGAUUUAAUUUUCAUUAGUCAUGUCUAAAUUAUAGAUGAUUUCUGAGGCUUUGGUUUCUGUAUAAUUUUAUAUUGUAAUCUAAUUAAAAUAAAUUUAUUCUUACGUUAGUAUUGUAGAAAGUAACAGCUUUGAAGUCACACAGCCUCAAACACUUCUGAUAUUGGCUCUGUUACAUACUAGGUGAGUGACCGUGGACAAAUUGCUUGACUUGUCUAAGCCUCAGUUUCCUAACUUAAAAAUGGACUUAGGUGUGGUGUACCUGCAUGAAGUUAUUAGGAGGGUAGAAUGAAGUGAGUAGGUAAAACAUAGUAUAUGCUUGUCCUACAUAUGUUCCCUUCUCUCCACUGAAGUAUAUAAUUUCUCUAUUAUCUUUGUCCUUUUGACCUGCUUCCUUUCUGUAACUGUGGUUAUGAAGGUUGUGACAUGGGUAAUAGUGACCUGUAAUGGGAGAACUUUGGGAACUUGAGUAGAAAUGGGCCAGGAAAAAGGAUUGUUGCUGGGUAAAACUUCUGCAACAUUGCUCCCCUAGGCAGUAAUGCAAUUUCCAAUUUUAAAAAAUACUGGUGUUCUGUUGAUACAUGAAACAACUUGGGUGAAUGUCCAGAGAACUAUUUUGAAUGGGGAAAAAAGCUAAUCCCUAAAGGUUACCUACUGUACAGUUCCAUUUAUAUAACUUUAUUGAAAUGACAAAAUUUUAGAAUUGGGGAUAGAUUAGUGUUGGCUAGGGGUUGGGGAGGGGAGGAGUCAUUAUGAAAGUACAACAUGAGAAACCCUUUGGUUUGGAAACUGUUAGUAUCUUGCCUUGGUGGUGGGUGCGUCAACGUACACAGGUAAUAAAAUUAGUACAGUCACAGAAAUGAGCACAAAUAAAACUGGGAAAUAUGAGUAAAUUGGUAAUUGUAUUGAAUCAAUAUCCUGGUUAUGAUAUUAUGCUAUAGUUUGCAAAAUGUCACUGUUGGAGGAAACCAGAUAAAGUGUGCAAGGAAUCGCUCCCUUAUUUCUUGAAACUGCAUGUGAAUCUACAAUUAAGUCAAUAAAAAGUAGUUGGGUUCUAUUUGCUACUAAAUGCAUAUGUGAACUCUAUUUUAUAAAUGCUUUUAUAUAUGAGAAAAUAUUAACCAAAGCAGUAUCCACUUUUCAUUCUAAAUAAUCCCCUUCUUUCCCACUGGAUAUGUAUCUUCUAAGAAGCCCUUCUCCUGAGAGCAUAUCCAUCUAACUCCUUUGUUCCCAUGGUACACACUUAAUGAAGAGGAACGUAGCAACUUGUGAAUUGUUAAAAUAGAAAGCAGGAGAGAUUCCCAGGUAGUCCACCUCUGUGGUGCAGUGCCAAGCACAUUACAUGGAUAUUUUCAUUUAAUUCUCACCACAAGCUUAUGAAAUAGGUACUGUUCUUAUCUCUGUCCUUCAUGUGAGCAGAGGAGUAGGAAUUGAGAAGUAAUUAUAUGGUCUUCCUCUUUACCAUCCUAGGGAAUCAGGGUUUUGGAGGCAUUGCCCUUAUUUUUUUUUGUAAUUGUGGUAAAAUACACAUAACAUGAAAUUUACAAUCUUAACCAUUUUAAGUGUAUAGUUAAGUAAUGUUAAGUAUAUUCAUGUUGUUGUGUAUCUCCAAACUUUUUUAUCUUGCAAAAAUUAAACUCUAUACCCAUUAAACAACUCCCCAUUUCUCCUCUCCUGGAUGCUGACAAGCACCCUUAGAUUGUCAAUUUGUGUGAAUUUGACUGCUCUGGAUAUCUCAUAUAAGUGGAAUCAUAGAAUAUUUGUCUUUUUGUGACUAGCUUAUUUCAAUUACAUAAUCUCCUCAAAUUUCAUCCAUGUGUAGCAUGUGUCAACAUUUCUGCUCUUUUAAAGGCUGAUUAAUAUUACGUUGGGUGUAUAUACAACAUUUUGUUUUUCUGUUCAAUUGUUGAGGGACACUUGGGUUCCUUCUACCUUUUGGCCAUUGUGAUUAAUGCUGCUAUGAAUGUGGGUGUACAGAUAUCUCUCUGGGUCCUUGCUUUCAAUUCUUUUAGAUGUGUACCUGGAAGUGGGAUUGAUGGAUCAUGGCAUUGCCCUCAUUUUGAAAGCCAUUUAUACUCCAGCUAUGUUCCUAGGGACCUCUCUUCUGUAACUUACUCCAUUUGUCCCUGAAUUGGUGAUGACAAGGUUAAUACAAAAGCUGAACCAGCAGACAAUAUUACAAGUUUCCUGUGGCAACUGGCAUUGCUUGGCUCUUGCAGCUGAUGGUCAGUUCUUCACAUGGGGAAAGAACAGCCAUGGGCAGCUGGGCCUGGGGAAGGAGUUCCCCUGCCAAGCCAGCCCGCAGCGGGUGAGGUCCCUGGAGGGGAUCCCCCUGGCCCAGAUCGAGAGUCUCCUUGCCAUGUGAAACUCUUAAGAAUGCAGAAAGUCGUCUAUAUUAGUUGUGGAGAAGAACACACAGCAGUCCUCACAAAAAGUGGAGGUGUGUUUACCUUUGGUGCUGGUUCUUGUGGGCAACUUGGACAUGAUUCCAUGAAUGAUGAGGUUAAUCCAAGAAGAGUUCUGGAGCUGAUGGGCAGUGAAGUGACUCAGAUUGCUUGUGGCAGACAACACACCCUAGCCUUUGUGCCUUCUUCUGGACUCAUCUAUGCAUUUGGUUGUGGAGCAAGAGGUCAAUUAGGAACUGGGCACACUUGUAAUGUUAAUUGCCCGUCUCCUGUGAAAGGGUACUGGGCCGCCCAUAGUGGCCAGCUUUCAGCCAGAGCUGAUCGCUUUAAAUAUCAUAUUGUUAAGCAGAUCUUCUCAGGAGGAGACCAAACAUUUGUACUUUGCUCCAAAUAUGAGAAUUGUUCUCCUGCUGUUGACUUCCGGACUGUGAACCAAGCACAUUAUACCAGCUUAAUAAAUGAUGAAACAAUAGCAGUUUGGAGACAAAAACUCUCAGAACACAACAACGCAAGUACAAUCAAUGGUGUUGUUCAGAUAUUAUCUUCUGCAGCCUGUUGGAAUGGAAGUUUUCUUGAAAAAAAAAUUGAUGAACAUUUUAAAACAAGCCCCAAAAUCCCUGGCAUUGACCUGAACUCAACUAGAGUGUUAUUUGAGAAGUUAAUGAGCUCUCAGCACUCCAUGAUUCUAGAACAGAUCUUAAACAGCUUUGAAAGUUGCCUGAUUCCUCAGCUGUCGAGUUCACCACCAGAUGUUGAAGCAAUGAGAAUCUAUCUAAUACUGCCUGAGUUUCCCCUGCUCCAGGAUUCCAAGUAUUACACAACAUUGACUAUUCCGCUGGCUAUGGCUAUUCUGCGGCUGGAUACAAACCCCAGCAAAGUCUUAGAUAACUGGUGGUCUCAGGUAUCCCCAAUAUAUUUCAUGAAGCUGAUAAACCUCUAUAAAGGUGCAGUCGUUUAUCUACUGAGAGGAAGAAAGACAUUCUUAAUUCCUGUCCUCUUUAACAAUUAUGUUACAGCAGCUCUCAAGCUCUUGGAGAAGUUAUAUAAGGUUAAUCUUAAAGUGAAGCAUGUGGAAUAUAAUACAUUUUACAUUCCUGAGAUUUCCAGUCUCGUGGACAUUCAGGAAGACUACCUCAUGUGGUUCUUGCAUCAAGCAGGCAUGAAGGCUAGACCAUCUAUAAUUCAGGAUCCUGUAACACUUUGUUCCUACCCUUUCAUCUUUGAUGCCCAAGCCAAGACAAAGAUGUUACAGACUGAUGCGGAGCUACAGAUGCAGGUGGCGGUCAAUGGAGCCAGCCUGCAGAACGUCUUCAUGCUUCUCACCUUGGAGCCUCUGCUGGCCAGAAGCCCCUUCCUGGUCCUUCACGUUCGCAGGAACAACCUUGUUGGAGAUGCCCUGAGAGAGCUGAGCAUUCAUUCUGAUGUUGAUUUGAAAAAGCCUCUCAAAGUAAUCUUUGAUGGUGAAGAAGCAGUGGAUGUUGGUGGGGUCACAAAGGAAUUCUUUCUUUUACUGUUAAAAGAACUUUUGAAUCCCAUCUAUGGAAUGUUUACCUACUAUCAGGAUUCAAAUCUUUUGUGGUUUUCUGAUACGUGCUUUGUAGAACACAACUGGUUUCACCUGAUUGGCAUAACCUGUGGAUUGGCUAUCUACAACUCCACCGUGGUUGAUAUCCAUUUCCCGUUGGCUCUCUACAAGAAGUUACUGAAUGUAAAGCCUGGAUUGGAAGACUUACAGGAGCUGUCACCCACUGAAGGAAGGAGUCUUCAAGAACUUUUAGAUUACCCUGGGAAAGAUAUUGAGGAGACUUUCUGCCUCAAUUUCACGAUUUGUCGAGAAAGCUAUGGGGUGAUUGAACAGAAGAAGCUGAUACCUGGGGGAGACAAAGUGACUGUGUGCAAGGAAAACAGGCAGGAAUUUGUGGAUGCCUAUGUGAACUAUAUCUUCCAAACCUCAGUUCAUGAAUGGUACACAGCCUUCUCCGACGGCUUCCUAAAAGUGUGUGGUGGAAAAGUGCUCGAGCUCUUCCAGCCUUCAGAGCUGAGGGCCAUGAUGGUGGGCAACAGCGACUACGACUGGGGGGAGCUAGAGGAGACUGCCAUCUACAAGGGUGAUUACUCAGCCACACAUCCCACUGUGAAACUGUUUUGGGAAACAUUUCAUGAAUUUCCAUUGGAAAAGAAGAAGAAGUUUCUCUUGUUCCUAACCGGCAGCGAUCGGAUUCCCAUAUAUGGCAUGGCGAGCCUGCAGAUCAUCAUCCAGUCCACAGCCAGUGGGGAGGAGUACUUGCCUGUGGCCCACACUUGCUACAACCUUCUUGAUCUCCCCAAAUACAGCAGCAAAGAGAUCCUGAGUGCACGGCUGACGCAGGCCCUCGACAACUACGAAGGGUUUAGUUUGGCUUGAGGCUCCUCAGCUUGGUCUUUGUGCCUCAGUGUCCACAUACAGGCCUAUACAGAAAAAUCACGGGGAGUGAGUUCUAUUUUUUUAUUGUAUAAGUGGGUUGGGAAUUUUGAAUCCUGAACCUGGGCAAUGUGUUUCUAGGGUUGUUAACAGUAAGCAACCUUUUUGAAAAAUCAGGAGAUGGGGAUGGGAUAAAAAAUUGGCUCUUGUAUGCGAGGUGUUCUGUUUUUAAACCAAAUCACCUAUUGUUUGUCCCUUGUUGCAGUCUGCUGGAUAAAAUGGCAGUGGACUUUCAUACUUUAAUUUCCUAAAUGUCUCUCUUAGCCCCAAUCUUACCUCAUAAUGCUUCCUUGUCCUUCUCUUCUCAUUCCUCUGCACGAAUGAUUUUGACCUAGCUGACCUUUCUUACCUGCACAUGUAGAACAUCAUCUCCUUUCUCUGCAGCCUAGAAAAUGCUCCUUCCUGGCUUUUUGCAGCCCUACUCUGAGGACAAAGGAGGAAAGUACUACUUCCGAAAUUACCAAUUUCAACAAGCUGAAUCUGGGUCCAUUACUUUGGCUGAAUUCCUAAGAAUUUAUGGGAGCCUUUAUGAACACAUCCUGCUUUAAAAGAAAACUUCUUGAUGGACUAGCAAUCUCCCAUGGCUUUGCCUAUUCCUGGACCUCUUUGUAGAUGUGCAGAGCAACUUAUUUACAGCAGCUGAGCCUAGUUGUGUCUUGUUGCUCAGCUAAGUUCCUUUGACAAUAAGGUGAGGUGAAAGCCCCACCCCCACCCCUUUGUUAUCUCGCUUUUGGAGCAAGUUGCAUUAAAAGUAUCUUCAAGAGAAGCAGAAAUAAAUUUCUUGUUCCUUCCCCUAUCACAGUAUGUCCUCUACCACUUUGUUGUCUUCCCUUUCUCUCUUCAUCCCAUUCUUUGCUAUUGGACUUAAUGCUCCCUUCCUCUCCUCUGAGUGGCUGCAUGCAGUCUUUUUUUCCCUUUCACUCUUCCCUAAUUGCUAAGACUUAAGGACAUUCUUCAUCAUGGAACUUUAUUGCAUUUGAAAUGUUUACAAUGGGAUUUCAGGGGAGAUUGUGUUUAAAGCAAAUAUAUGUAUCUAAAAA